UUAGUGAACAGCGGGGCAACAGUGUGGCAGGAGGGCUGAUAACUCAUUCAUGUGGACGAUUAUAGUCGGAGUCCAGGUGGAUUUUUAUCCUCUUUCGGACUAAUUUGUUUCAGUGUCGAACAUGUGAACCGCACUGUCCUUCAUUCACACCAUAAUUUGUUUCAUUCAGCCAUAGUUGCACAUUGUAGAGAUUUUAACAAAGUUAAAAUUUCCAAUAUGGUAGGAGAGGUUGUUGUUGUUGAGCGGAUUGUUGUCAUGUCCCCGCAGUGCCUGUAGUGGUGCUGUGAGGAGUCUGCUGUGGAUCCAACAAAUGUCCUCAGCAGCCUACCUACGGCUUGUAAUUUGCGCUGGGUAGCCUAUAUUUACAUGGGUCCAUAUUUCAAGAAAAUUCGAGCUCGAUGAAGACCGCCGUUACUAUCCUACCUGGAAUAUCGAUGCCCGAAUAGCCUAGCUGAUUCUAAUAGACAUUUCGGCCGUCUAUCUGGAGCGAAUAUCGUGCACAGCCCAAACCCAUUCAAGCUGAUGUUUUCAAGGACAAGAGUCACGUGAUGUAUGAAGGCAAACACAUACACUUCUCAGAGGUGGACAAUAAGCCGCUGUGCUCGUAUAGUCCGAAGCUGUGCAAGCAGCGCAGGCUCAAUGGGUACGCGUUCUGCAUCCGUCACGUUCUGGAGGACAAGACGGCUCCUUUCAAGCAGUGUGAAUAUGUGGCAAAAUACAACAGUCAGCGAUGCACCAACCCCAUCCCAAAGUCUGAGGAUCGCAGAUACUGCAACAGCCACCUGCAGGUUCUCGGUUUCAUCCCGAAGAAGGAGCGCAAGAAGAAGCACGAUGCUUUAGAAGAAAUGCGUCCUCGGGCUCACCUGGAGUCAGUGGCUCUCAACAUAACGGUGCCCUCUUUAGCUCUGAGAGCCACUAACGGCAUAGAUGAACUUCCCCCGUCUCCGCCCUGCUCGCGCCUGCUACCCCUCGCUGACGGCGAACUCCUGGACCCUUUUGCCUUUUACGAGGACGAAACGGAUGGAGAGGAGGUGGGCACCCCUCGGAAGGUGAGCAGCAUCAAGAAGAAGCUACAGAGUCGGCUGGCGCUCAACCAGAAACUCUCACAAGACGUGGAACUCUUCCAGCCAACUCCCGAGCACUUUACGGCGUCGCCGGCUCCGCGCCUUCACCCCUCCUCGCCGCUCAACGCCCAUCUGCCGCGGCCGACGCAAGGCCUCCUCCAGCCGCCUCAGCAGCCCGGCGUGACGUCCUUCCCCUUCCCAGGGCAGCAGCAGGGUUUAUUAUGCAAUCCACUACCACCUCAGACAGUCAACUUUCUGCCUCCAGGGAUGCCUGCAAACGCAUUGCCCAAUUCAGGGCAACAUUCUGGACCGUCGCUCAGCAGGAAAACGCCUUUUGCUGCUACUCAGCCGCCUGUCUGCUGCAAGGAUGCCGGCAGUAACAAUCAGAGGCACGUGGUCGUCAUGCACCCCGCCGCCUUCUCGCCGUCUCCCGACUGCCUCGUCAGGUUGCAACACCUGGUGCAGCUAUGUGCCAAGAGACAGCGGGAGCAUGGAGACCUCUUCUGUCAUCUAGGUUUGGACUGGUCAGAAGACAGUGCUGAUGACGACGAUGACGAAGAGGAGGAUGCAGAGAGGGUCACUCCAUUUCAGAAUUCGUGGAGACCAGAGAACGGGCUGGAAGUCGACGGUGGUUCUUCGCGGAGAGCACGUCUGCUUCGGCUUUGCUCUUACCUACGGGAGAAAUACAAGCACAUGUGCCGACGGGAGAGGGCGAGCAUCCGCCAGAAGAGGUACCGCUACGCCUUCCGGAAAGCCUUGCUGCACGCCGCCAGCAACAACCCUGACUGCGCGGGGCAGCUGAUCCAGGAGCUGGGUGGAAACUCUCACAGCAGUCCAUGUGCGCCUCCAGCAAGGCCACAGAGCACACAAGCAGUGACCUGCACGGGCUCCACCAAGGGCCAGAGCUGCAGCAACAGAGCUCUGCCCUUCACUCAACACUGUUUUCAGCACAUACUGUUGAAUCGUUCUCAGCAGCUCUUUGCUAGUUGCACAGCCAAAUUUGCAGACGGUCAACAGUGCUCCAUCCCUGUGUUUGAUAUUACGCACCAGACGCCCCUCUGCGAAGAGCAUGCCAAAAAGAUGGAUAAUUUUCUACGUGGGGACGGAAACCGGAGAGUGCAGCACCAGCAGCAGCAGCGAAAGCCACGUAAAAAGACCAAACCGCCAGCGCUCACCAAAAAACACAAAAAGAAAAGGAGGAGAGGACCGCGCAGGCCGCAGAAGCCCAUUCCGCCCGCGCUGCCGCAGGGCAACCUGGGAAUGCCCUCAACGAGCCUUGUGAUGCCCUCGCAGGCUGCCAUUAGGAGCCCUUCGACUCCGGACCUGAGCACCGACGAGCUUCCUGAUGACAUCACCAACGACAUGGCAGACAUUCCAAAUGACCUCGAGUUGAACCAGGAGUUAAACGAUUUCGCCGACGUGUUACCACGGCUACCUGACGACCUGCAGGAUUUCGACCUGUUUGAAGUAAAGAACGGCGAGCUGCUGCCCACCACGGAGGAGGCUGAGGAGCUGGUCCGCGCGCUGCAGGCGAUGGGGUCUUACCCCGACUCGUUGGUGUGCCUGACGUCCAUGGGGGACCUGGCGGCAGGCGAGGCGGUGGACCACCGGGCCAUGGCCAUGUUCCCCGGACCGGUGCAGCCGGGCGGCAUGGGGGACCUGCUCAACACCCGCAUCCCUUCUGAAAACUUCACCAGCCUGGAGCUGGAGGACAACCUGCUGCAGACCACCGGGGACCACUUCUCGCCGUCCCAGCCGACCAGCCAGCCCCCUCCGUCGUGCUCUGGACUGACAUCCCCCUCCUCUGUGGCAGCGGCCACCACCAGCAUCGCCCUGCUCACGCAGACCUCCAUAGCAGAGCGAACGUUUUCUCGGACGCACACUUCCCACAUCCUGGCCAAACCGGAGGUCUCGGCGUCGUCCCCCCAAGGCAGCCACUACAGCAGUGAGCAUGUGCCGUCCCCGUACAGCGACCACAUAUCUUCCCCCCACACCACCUCCUUCCAGACGGACACCCCCCUCCUGCUGGAGGUUCCUAUAGGCGGCGUUCCGGGGACGCCUCGCUCGACGUGGAACAACCUGCCCCUCCCCCUCGCCGACCCCGCGCAGUUCGGCAAUCUCAUCAGGUCAGAGAGUCAUCUCAUCACCACCUCGCUGUCCACGCCGCCCGCCACUACCCACUCAGUAACGCUGCAGCCCAUGGCGGCUCUGUCGGCCAUGCCUCAGGGCGCCGUGACGGGGUUAACAGCUCCCCCCGUCUCCUCGUCGUCCUCCUCCUCCUCAUCUUCCUCCUCCGCACACGAUCACCUGUUGACCCCCACACAGCCCAAGCAACAGCUCCCUCAGUUCAGCGCGGCCUUCGGCCAUCAACUGGCCUCCCACAGCGGCAUCCCGAAAGACGUGCAGCCCAGUCACAGCUCCACGGCGCCCCCUGCCGGCUUCUCGCUAGUUAGUGCCACCACUGCAAGUGCCAACAGCGCCACGCCACCCUUCACGCAAAGUAAAUGAUCGGCAGCGGCCGCGCGGACUCCACGCCCGACCGGCUUCCGAUUAACCCGCUUCAUUUGCUUUAUGUGUGCAAUGUGGUUCUCGUGCACUAUUUGGUAAUGAAUUUGCACAAUCUCAGAUUUUCCUUUUUUCUUUUUUUCUUUUUUUUCCCUCUUCCUUCCUGUAGCCGGAUGGUUUUCAGAUUUUAAGUAGCUGUGAAUCCAACUUGUCAGUAGGGGGGGCUGUGGUUAGAUUAUGUGAUAAAUGAAUGGACAUUAGCAAAGAUUAUUUAUACCAGUGCUCAGAAAUCCCAGAUGCCGCUCUGUUUGCUUCGCCGCUCGGUUUUCUUAAAAACGAUCACACGCACCCUGCCUUUCUCAGAUGGCCAUUUGCAUCCCCCUCCCUUCUCUGUUUUUUACACUCUGGUUUCAAGAAGAGAGUACUCAUUGUGACGUUUUUUGUAACCCAUUAUGUUUCAAGCUAUUUAACUCUCUUCAUAAUAUUGAUUCAGUCCGAUUUAAUAGUCACCAAAAUACUUUUAAACAGCUGUUUUUAUAUGGUGUAUAUUAUAUGUGCUCAUUUGUUGGCUUGCCCGGACGUGGAACAGUCUUUGACCUCACCGUAGGUUGUGGCACUGAGUGGUUAGUAGACACUUGAAGGUAAUAGUUUCUUAAAGCAAUAAAAACACAUUACCAUCACUCACA